AUGGAGGGUUUCAAAGGCGACAAUUCAACAAGUGGAAGCCCAGCGGUUCCGAGAGAGUUUCGAACGAAAGGGCGCCGGAUUCGUCGAUGUCGCAUAUGCAAGCCGCUUUAUGGACUAUACACGUCUCUCAUCGCAAUGAAAUUUCUCUCGUGUGAAGUGGAAGGAUGUGGUUACGUCGCUCGAACUCCUGCCGCUUACUAUAAACACAUGAGAAAUAAGCAUCCAGUAAAAGAGAAAAUUGGGAACUGUACCACAAGAUGUCCGCUAUGCCAAGCACCGUUUAGCGAUCCAGAAGAUCUCGUUGAACACUGUCGAACGGAACAUGGAGACGAAAACUGUGAGUUCGUCUAUUUAGACGGCGCCAUUCUCGUCAAGUACUGCACGCGUCAUAUUAAUCACCCACUCAGCACUCGUGAUCUUCCCCUUUCAGACACCGACAAAGACAUUAUUGCGGGUUAUUUGCGGCAGGAUAUAGACGAAUAUGUCCUUCUGGACAAAAUUCGAAAAAAAUAUCCUGAUCCUCAAAUAAGACUUCACUGGAUUUGUAGCGACGAUAUCAGGAAUAUUUCGGAAACCUUCCACUACGAAGAAAAGCUGGAAGCGAGAAUCGUCGCUCCUCCUGAAAUCAGCUCGAUUGGCCAAGCGAUAUGCAACCCUACUUUCGACGAGAAUCCGAUUCCUGCAACAGCGUUACUGGAGGAGUCAUCCAAUUGUGAGGAUAACUACGAUGAUGGCGUCUCGCUUGGCGUACGUUCAAUGAGCUCCGAAGUCCCAGCUGAAUCAUUGCUUGGAUGCCCUUCUUGCAUUAAGUUAACUGAAAAGGUUGCUGAACUUGAGGCUCUUGUACGGGAACUCAGUGAUAAAAUGAACGAGAGAGAUGAACAGCAGUUAUUCAGCAGCGUUGUGAAAGUGGAGAGGACGUGA